GAAAAUGUGGCGGAUGUUUUGUAUCUGUAGUGUCUCCGCUGGCUGAGUCUCUCUGUCUACUGUCACAUCACCGGCGUCUCAGUGAAAUGGGACAGAAAAAUCUCCACAGAUGAGAAGGCCAUCGCACCCAAACUGCCUGCUGAUGUAUGGUGUCACUCGAGCUGUCGACCCUCUUAUGUCUCUUUAUCCUCUUGUGUCCAGUGGGAGUCAUGAUGCGGAUCCGCGGCCUCCUCGCAUGAUCCAGUGAUGUCUCGUCCUGCUCCAUCCCCCAUCUACACCCUGAGGGGGGCCGGUGGACCCCUCAACACCCUCCACUUUAGUUGCCACGGUGGGGACACUCCCCUCCUUUUUUCUGGGUCAGGGAAGGGUGCCAUUCAUAUGUGGAACCUGAACAACAGGAGGGCUGAGAAGAUUUUAGAAGGUCACUCUGGUAGUUCAGUCAUCUGGCUCAGCACACAGUCGACAGAUACCCUCAUCAGUCAGGGACGGGACAUGCAGGUAAAGCUGUGGGAUCUGAGCGAAGGUCGCAGAGACGUGGUGGACUCUGUGUGGACUGGCAGCGUCGGAUUCUGUCAGUGUUCCUUGUUGGAGACGAGCCCCGGGACCUGCCUGCUCGCCUUUGCGGGACAAGAGACGGAAGAGAUCAAGAUUGUUGAGCUGCCCAGUAAGACCCCAGUCUGCAGCCUGGUACCAGACGCUAAACUUGGGAUGGUCAUGUGUAUCAAACUGUGGCAGCCAGACUCCGGGCCUGGACCUCUCCUGUUGGCCGGAUACGAGGACGGUUCCCUCUUGCUGUGGGACGUAACCCAGAGGUCCAAGUUGAGUCAAGCUAAAGCCCACCCCGAGCCUGUCAUGUGCAUGACCUUUGACCCGAAGCGUCUGAGGGGCAUAUCAGGAUCCUCUGAGAAGAAACUCUCCUCGUGGAUGCUGGAUGAACAGAACAACCUGCAGCUCCAGGACUGUGUGACGCUGGUCAACCCAGGAGUCUCACAGCUAUGCAUCAGAGACGACGGUAAGCUGUUAGCAUCGGCAGGCUGGGACCACCGGGUACGAGUAUUCGGUUGGAAGAAGCUACGACCACUGGCAGUUCUGCAGUACCACACUGACAUGGUGCUAAGCGUGGCCUUCUCUGACCACAAGGACCCCAGACAAAGACUGCUGGCUGCUGGAUCCAAGGACCAGCGGAUCAGCCUGUGGUCAAUAUACAAUGAGGGUGCUGACACACACUGAGCCUGUGACCUCUGAGAGAAUCUAUUGACUUUACUUUCUGAACUCAUCUGUGCUGAUGUUGGCUUGACUAGCUGAUGUUAGGCACAAUCGUCUGAUCUCUGGACAUAUGGUAUGCAUAUAUUUAGCUAUAUGUGUUUUUGAUAUUAAGGUCUUGCAGUG